AUGGCAGAUGUGGAGCAGGCCGUGGACAAGCUCUUGGAUGUGUCGGAAAGUGGGCGGCAGUUGCUGCGGCUUCUUGUGAGAAAGAGCAUGCGGAUUUGCCCAGAGGAACGACACCGAUUCCAGACACUCGGGGCUGAGCUGGCCAAAGAGGAUCGGAAAUGGGCAGCUGGAGUCUUGACACAGUUGCUUGGGCAGGCCUUCCACGACAGCCAGAAGAAUUUGCGAAUGACUUGCCAGAAGGCAGCUGAAGAGGCAGAGAAGUUUCAAAGCUUCACCAAGGAUAGAACAAAAGAGCUGCAAGAUGCGAAAGAGGGCUUCUCUGGAGCGAUUGCAGCUUUUCGUUCUGCAAAGACUGCCUUCCUCCAAGACAACAAGAUCCUCCAAUCCAAGCGGAAAGCUUUGGAUGAAGUUGAGGAGGAGCUGAAUAGACACAGGUCCAAGCUGGCUGAGGUCGCUGGCUGCAAAGAGGAACUGCAGCUUGCAGUAGAGAGGCGCAUGCCUGCAAUUCUGGAAGGGAGCUCUGACUUCCUGUCUCAUGCAGAAGCUGUCCUCCAGCUCAUAGGAAGGAUCAAGUUGGAAGACUCUCUCAAGGAUGCAGCCUCAUCCUCUCUGAAAAUGACUCCAGAGAAACGCGGCCCCUUUGACAAAGCUACGCUAGAGCAGCUUAGUGGUGCUCUCUCUAAACUCUUGGAGGCCAUACCAUCAGCAGAAGCUGAGCGCUUGGCUGUCCAGGAUGCAGAAGCAGCACGUGAAAUUGCUUCCGAAGCCUUCGCAGACGCUAGACAUAGUCAAGCUCGCAGCGCGCACUGUCUUCGCUUGGCAGAGAUAGAAGUGAGAGAAGCGCAAAGUGCAGAGGGCCUUGCCACGGAGUCUUUGAACGAUGCAGAACAGGAGCUCGCGAAAUCAGAGGGCCAGCUGAAGGCUGCAGGAGGCAUCUUGAAAGCCUUCGAAGAGGGCCCUAUGACCUCUCUUGAGGUUUUGGACAGACCUGGGCCUGGAUUUGAUGCCUGGAUCUCAUUUUGGAGUCUAUCGAUAUGCCUCCUUUGGUGA